UUUGGAUAUUAUUAGAAAUGGAGGGGUCGAUCCAAACAGGGUGUUAAAGUGUGAGGAGGAUCAUAUGAACGAAAACGCUCCUUAUCCUCACUCCCUCCAUUGCACAUCUAAAAUUGCAGUCUCUUCUCCUUUCAUCGUCUCCACCACACCUUACACCUUUCAAAAUGGCUUCCACUUUAUCCACGAUUACCCUUCGUUCUCCUUCUCAUCCUAACCCUAGUUCGUUGCUCCCAGCUUCAGGCUUUCCCAAACCAGCCUUACAAUUUCCCUUCCGCCCCCCAAAACUCCACACCCGGACCACAUUCCUCCGCCCUCUCGCUGCCGUAGAAGCCCCGGAGAAGGUGGUUCAGCUCGGAGACGAAAUAUCCCGCCUCACCCUCUUCGACGCUCAGAAACUCGUCGAAUACCUACAGGACAAGCUCGGAGUCUCCGCCGCUAUGAUGGCUCCGGCAGCCGUAGUCGCUGCUCCGGGAGGUCCGGGCGCAGCAGAUGUCUCCCCGGUCGUGGAAGAGAAGACGGAGUUCGACGUCGUGAUCGAAGACGUGCCUAGCAGCUCAAGAAUUCCUACAAUUAAAGCGGUUAGGUCUUUGACGAACCUUGCGCUGAAAGAGGCGAAGGAUUUGAUUGAAGGUUUGCCGAAGAAAUUCAAGGAGGGAGUGUCCAAGGAAGAGGCUGAAGAAGCGAAGAAACAGCUUGAAGCAGCCGGCGCAAAAGUGUCAAUUGCUUGAUGAAUCUUAUUGCAAUGUUCUACCCUUCCCCGUUACAAUUUCAACUGUACCUUGAUUGCGUUUGCGGCUAAUCAUAGACUUGUAUUGCCAGAUUCACGUGCCAUAUGAUCUGCAGCAUAAAAGGUCUUCAUUUCUGAAUCCCUAUUAUACGAGUUAUUUACAUCUCAGCCACAAACAUCUUGUGAAAGAUAUAUGCAGCUGGAAUUUUAAGUAAAUACGUAGUAUAUUUCAAGAUAUCACGAGGUUGGAACGGAUUGUGUUUAUGUUUUUAUGUCAGG